AUGUCCACCGAUCAAGAUAAGCCAGUAGAGCUCGAGCAAGUUCCGCUCAAAUCUGACACCGACGCCCCGGCUGGGACCACAGAGACCUUCGACGAGGCUUUUCCUCCUCUUCCGUCACAAAAGAAGACUGUGAUCGAAGAGAAGACGACGAUCACUGAACAUCCGAAGGACGAGGAAAAGGCCUCUGAGGAGAAGCCGAAGAAGAAAUGCUGGUGGGGAAAGCAUAAGACCGAGGAAGAGCAGAGGGACGAUCACAUUUCGAUGGGAGUCGAUCUUGUGAACCGAGACGAAAAGUGUAUCAACGGCAUGUUCGCUUGGGGGUUUCGACGACAUCUUCGCUUUACCCGUCUAUUCGUCUACCGUUUCUGCUCACUCAUUCUUGGCCUGCCAGCAGCUAUCCUCUUCGGUAUUCUGUUCGCUAUCGUCUCCGUGAUUAAUGUGUUCGCCUGUGUGCCCAUCGCUAAAUUGCUAUCGAUUCCCGCUAACUGGAUCGCUAAGACGUGGAGUUGGCUCGUACAUGCGAUCAUCGACCCUUUGGCCACCUCUCUUGCGCUGCUGUUCUCUUCAUUCACCAUCAGGAAGUACGGUAUCAACUCACAGCCAACCGAUCCGUGUGUCGCCUGA